GUCCAUAUAAUACGAUACCACAUGUGACCCAUCAAAAGAUCAAAUCUCAUUAUCAAAUGUUCGAAUCAUUGAUAUUAAAAUGUCAAGGAAAUUAAAAUCAUUGAUAACAGUCGGUGUAGGAGCAACCGUUUGUUUUUAUGGAUAUAAUUUGUAUAAUGGUGAUUAUCGAUUAUGGAGCCGUCAUGUUAUACCUAUAUUUCAUCUAAUGUAUCCGGAUGCUGAAAAGGCACACAUUGUUGCUAUUACAGCUGCCCGUUUAGGAUUAGUACCACGAUUAAGCGAAGAUAAGGAAAUUAAACCAUAUUUGAAAACAAAACUAUGGGAUAUUGAAUUCGAUAAUCCGGUUGGAUUGGCAGCCGGCUUUGACAAAAAUGGUGAAGCUAUCGGUCAAAUAUCCGGAUUUGGUUUUGGAUUUCUCGAGAUUGGAACUAUAACACCCGAACCACAAAAAGGAAAUCUAUUUCCACGAAUUUUUCGUCUUCCUCUUGAUCGUGCUGUUAUCAAUCGUUAUGGAUUUAAUAACUAUGGUCAUGAUCAAAUGGAAAAAAAUUUAUCACGACAAGAAUCGAUUAUAAAUAAAAAAAAUAUUAUUGUCGGAUUAAAUCUUGGUGCUAAUAAAUUGACAGAAGACAAAAUACAAGAUUAUAUCACCGGACUGAAAAGAUUCCAUGAUAAAAAAGAAAUUAAAUAUUUUGUCAUAAAUAUUUCCAGUCCUAACACACCUAACCUAAGGAAUUUAGAAGGCAAAGAUCAAUUGAACAAAUUAAUGGAUCGAGUACUUCGUGUAAAAAAAGAAUUGGAACAGAAAAAUCAGUUACGAAAACCAUUAUUAGUGAAAUUUUCACCCGAUUUAAAUGAAGAACAGAUAAAUGAUAUUGGAAAAAUUAUGCUCAAAUAUUCGAAUGAAACUAAAACACAUGGCCAAAUUGAUGGUAUGAUUAUAUCGAAUACAACCAUUUCAAGACCUUCUGAUUUAAAAAGUCCAAGAAAACUUAUAAAAGAAGAAGGAGGACUUAGUGGUCCACCAUUGCGACAAUUGUCUACCGAAAUGAUUCGAAAAAUGUAUCGUUUGACGAAUGGACAAAUACCAAUCAUUGGUGUUGGCGGUAUUGAAAGUGGAUUAGAUGCUUAUGAAAAAAUCAAAGCAGGUGCAUCUAUGGUACAACUUUAUACAUCGAUGGGUCCCCCAAUUGUUCGUGAAGUUAAAUAUGAAUUAGCAUACAUGUUAGCAAAAGAUGGAUUCCAAAAUAUUAACGAUGCAAUCGGUAAUCAUCGACUUAGACGAAAAUCGAUUUCAUAUCGUCAUCGUUCUUUUCAUUAUUAUUUAAUUCAUUUUGGUUAUGAUUCUAUGUUAAAUAUGUUAUCAUUUGAUAAUUUCAAUAUCUGGUAUUAUCAGAUUCCUAUUAUUGCUGGUUUUAUUACCACUGUUUGGUUACUACUUAAAUUCUGGCGUCAUGCACGAGAACAACAGAUUCGGGUAUUACCAGCCAGUUGGAACGGUAUUCGUGCUCAUCAAUGGAGUCUUAUACAAUGUCUUACACAUCGAGCAACUUGCUGCCUGUGCCGUUCGCUUAUAGUUGAUGCAAUGUUUUGUGAUUCUUGUGGAGUUUGUCUAGAUUUUCAAUGCUAUGAUCUUGUAACUCGAUCCAAAUAUUUUCAUCUGCUUAAAAAAUCGGAAAAAAAUUUGAUACUUGAACCACUUAGUCAUUGUAAACGUGUUUCGAUAUCACGUUCGAAAGAAUCUUCGAAUCAAUUCAAACAUCAUUGGGUGCAUGGAAAUAUUCCAUUACAUUCAAAAUGUUUCAUUUGUCAUCGAUAUUGUGAAGAUGAUGAUGAAACAAUUGAAAAGGAAAAUAUUGGCACAACAAUGGCCGAGCAUACAUUAUAUCAUUAUCGUUGUUGUUGGUGUCAACGAACAGUCCAUGAAAAUUGUUUUCAUAAAUCCGAUUCGAAUGACAGAAUCGAAGCUGACUGUGAUUUUGGCCGAUAUCGUCGAUUGAUCAUACCACCACAUUAUAUCAUUCAUCGUAGAGUAUGGACAACAUCACAAGGUAGAGCCAUUGCAUUGGAUGAGAUACGAGAUUUCUCCUGCGAAGAACCUGAUUGGUCACCAUUAUUUGUAAUUGCUAAUCGAAAAUCCGGAAACAAUGAUGCCGGUAAUAUUCUAUCAAAAUUUUUACCCAUUCUUAAUCCAUUACAAGUGAUUGAUUUGAGUGAUAAGUCGAAUCAAUUAGAACUUAGUCUGCAGAUGUGUCGAAUGUUACCUGAAAACAUUACUGUUCGAAUAUUGGUUGCUGGUGGAGAUGGUACUAUUGGCUGGGUAUUGAACACUAUUCAUCAAUUAAAAUUGAAUCCAUCACCUUUGGUGGCAAUUUUUCCUCUUGGAACUGGAAAUGAUUUGGCUCGAGUACUUGGUUGGUCAGAUAUUUUUGAUUCAGCUGCAAGAAUCAAUCAUGAUGAAAUCAUUCAAUAUGUUUAUGGUGCUCGUUCAAUUCAAUUAGAUCGGUGGUUAAUUGAAAUUGAACAGAUUGAUUAUUAUCAUCGGUCAUAUAAUCUUCUAAUUGAAUCUCUGCGAAUACCACGAUCAAUCAUGCCUUUGGGCAAUCGAAGUUUAUUCAUGUAUAAUUAUUUCUCUAUCGGUGUUGAUGCGUUAGUAGCAUUGAAUUUUCAUCAGACAAGAAAAUCUAAGAUUUAUAAUUUUCUAUUCAGCAAUACAUUCAUCAACAAAUUUAUCUAUUUUACAUUCGGCACGAAAGAUCUAUGGGAACGAAGAUGUAAAAAUUUGCAGACAAAAAUACGUGUAGAAUUGGAUGGCGAAACAAUUCGUCUUCCCGAAUUAGAAUCGAUUGUCGUGUUGAACAUUCAUAGUUGGGGUGGUGGUGUUCGAAUGGUCGGCGAGAUGAAUCGUUUUGAUGAUUUACGCGUUGAAGUUCUUGGGCUAACAUCCACAUUUCAUAUUGGACAAGUUAUGAUGGGACUAUCGAAACCAAUAUUUCUUGGCCAAGCUAGUCAGGUUAAACUAUGUCUCGAUGAACAUUUGCCAAUGCAAAUUGAUGGCGAACCGUGGUUACAGCCACCAUCAAAGGUAGAAAUUAAAUGGAAUUCGCAUGCAAAACUUUUACAAAAUAUCAUGUAAUUCACUCAAUCCUGUUAUUUAUUGUAUUUGAAAUGUGUAUUGUUUCGAAUUUUUGUUUAUUUUUUCUUUAAAAAAAAUAUU